CCUGGCUGCUCUAAUCAGAGUGUCAGCAGCUUGAUCCUCCACAACACAACACAAUGGGGCUGUAAUGUCAGCAACGGCCGACCUCACAGCAUCUUCUCCACAGUACUGAGCCCGUGUAUGGAUUUAAUGAUGAUGAAGAAGAAGAAAUUCAAGUUCAAGGUGGAUUUUGAGCUGGACGAGCUGUCGUCGGUCCCUUUUGUCAACGGUGUCCUCUUCUGUAAAGUCCGGCUGCUGGACGGCGGCUUCUCCGAGGAGUCUUCUCGGGAGCCAGUGCAGGCCAACUGUGUUCGAUGGAGGAGGCGCUUCUCUUUCCCCUGCAAGAUGAGCGCCAGUGCAGGGACGGGUGUCCUGGACCCCUGUGUGUGCCGCGUGUCCGUCAGAAAGGAGCUGAAGGGGGGAAAGGCAUUUGCAAAGCUUGGUUUUGCAGAUCUGAAUUUAGCAGAAUUUGCCGGCUCAGGGAAUACAACCCGCAGAUGUCUGCUGGAAGGCUAUGAUACCAAAAAUACUCGCCAGGACAACUCCAUUCUCAAGGUUAUCAUCAGUACACAGCUCAUGUCAGGGGACCCCUGUUUUAAAACCCCUCCCUCCACAGCCACAGUGAUCGGCAUCCAGACUGAUGGAGAGAGCCUGCUGGAGGAGAGGAAGGGAGGCGACUCACAGAAAGGCUGUUCUGUAGAGAGUCGAGAAGGGAAGUGUCCCGUUGUGUCAGACGACCUGGGAGGCUGCGGCCACUCCCGAACAUCCAGCUACGCCAGCCAACAAUCCAAGCUCUCAGGCUACAGCACAGGGCACUCUCGCUCCUCCAGCAUGUCGGAGUUCAGCCAUCGGAGAAACCAUUCAGUGGGCAGCGCUUCGACCGGCAUUGGAAGCAUCCCAGAGCCUAAUGAAGAGCGAGAGUCCAGGCCCUGCCCGGCACUGCCUGAACACCCCACCGCCUCCUCCAGCAACUCACAGGGCACACCAGUGCGGAGCGCCUCAUCCUGUGAACGACUAAAUAGACACCCAGUGAAACAGGACUCCAUGGAGUCUCAGCUAAAGAGGAUGGACGACACACGGGUGGACGCUGACGAUGUCGUAGAAAAGAUUCUCCAGAGUCAAGACUUUACACCCAGCCUAAUGGACUCCAGUGCUGAAGAGGAAGGCCUGCGUCUGUUUGUUGGGCCUGGAGGAAGUACAGCCCUUGGAAGCCAUCACCUUCCCACUAGGGUCGGUGCAGGAGCAUACGAGCCGGUGGUGAUGAAGCGUUAGACCUGCAGCCUCUCAGUGAUGGGCUGACACUGAUUAUACCUUAAAAAAAACUGGAGAUGAAGCUGAUGCCAUUUCAUUCCUAGAGCACACACACAGUACCUGAUGAGCACUGUGUCCAACCUGAUCUUUGAAGGUUCAGCAUUACAACAGCGCCCUCCUGUGUUCCUAUCUGCUGCAUGACACAGCAGAUGUUCAGAUACUUUUAGGAACAUGAGGUGGACAGAUAUCUCAAUGUACACAGCUGCACAUUAAGAGAAAGGAAGCACAUUGGUCAGAUUAUUAAAACAUUUUAUAUGUAUUUAUGGAGGUUUUGAAACCUGGCCCACCUUAUUAAAAACCAUCCACUAUGUCUGGGUAUAAAAUAAAAACACGUCUCUCAGAAUCCAAACACAACCCACAUUAAACUCGUAGGAACUGGAAUAAAGCGAUUAAUUUGUCUCUGCCGGGCAACAAGAGGACGAGCUCUGUGUGCACCGUUUUUAAAAAAAAAAACAUCCUGUGCUUUCAAUACAUUCCUUUAGUCUUUCUGACUCCCUUUCCAAAUAGGAUGCUCUAUUUACUAUUUGCCUGUAAGCUGCUAAAAAGCUGUAGUUGUUGGCACUCUGAAAGCCAUUGAUGUUUUUAAGGUGAGAACAUUUAACGCCAAAAACAUCAAACUUGAGCUAUUUGCUGUGUGAGCGUUUGUGGUUACGUGUUGGUUGGUCAGACCACUUUAUUAGUACUAACGGCAAUCCUGUUCUGUUGAAGGAUUGAAGGAUGUGAUGUAUGAUCUCUUAUGAGGAAGGACGUGCUUGGAGAACAUGACAAUUUGCUGAGUUUUAGUCAUAGAGGUUUCUGUUCUUAUUUUUUGGCACACUGCUACAGGAUUGUUUUAGAAAAUCUUGGAAGUUCCUCUCAACAGCUCUACAAAGGCAAAAUGCAGUAACGAUAUGUCUGGUUAAAACUGAUAGAAUUUUGACAUUUGCCUCGCCUGAUGAACAGAACUGUGUAGGAUUGUCAUAUUUUUUUGUAAACGGAGCUUAUUUCCCACAAGUUGGACCCUGGAGAAAAUAAAGCCAGUAUAACUACAGUUUUGCACUCAUUCAUAGAGAUACAGCCACCCUGAAGCUAAAGUAAGAAAGCUGUAUUAAGUAAAGCUAGCUUUUGACGAAAGCCACAGCUAACCUGAAUUAGGGCCAAUCGAUGAAUCAGUUUCAAAUAUUUUCAAAUCUCAGUUUGAGACGAUGCAAUUUAGGCUACAUGAAGUGUGGUUAUCAUUAAAUAAUGAGACUAUGCUGGAAUUAAAUUCUUUUUAGGUUGAGCAGAUUGUUUGCUUGCUCAUUGAUCAGUGGAUAAUACGGUUCAGACAUGUAGGCUGAGGUUCGACUGACACUAGCAACGUCUUGUUACUUAAGAGCUACACAUCGUAUAUUUUGCGACACGUGACCAGUAGUUUCAACCGUUCUCAGCUGAACAAAUUCUGGCCUUGUGUGACAAUCACACUUUCGAUGGCGUUUCAUGCAGCAGUGGUCCAUCACGUUCUAAAUCUGUCCAUCGGUGAAUACUGAAUUCAAGCUUGAAUUUAAAAGUGACACCACAAAUUAAAUAGUAACAUCCAUCAGAAAAUUCCCAAUCAGAUAUUUCCCCAUCGUUUAGCCUUAGACUGAGCUGAAGUUAAAAGUAAAUGUACUCUCUGAUUUUUCCUUUAUGUUCAUUUUGGCAGCAUAUAUAAAUGAGAUGGCUAAAGCAGUUUUCCAGCCUUUAAUUCCAUGUUUGUACUGCUCUCUGAUUUCAGGCUUCUAUGACGAGCAUUGAUAGUGAAGGUUAUGUAUCUAAUUUCCACCAUUUCAGGUGUGUAUCUAUUGUGUAGCUACGCUUCGCAGCAUCACUGUGAGCUACUCUGAGCUGAUCAGGGAGCUUACAUGAAAGAUCCUGUGACACAGUGACAGUUUGACUCGUGCAACUGACGGACACUGUGGUUUGUUUUACAUCAGGGAUUGGACAAUGAAGGACUAGUGAAUUAAUCCACUGCCAUGAAGGAAAUACUCAACAGUACCUGUAUCUAAAAAGACCCAGAGUAUUACAGUAGUUUAGUGUGUUUCUCUCCUAGCUUCAUACCAACGGUUAGGACUGAGGACAGUCUUUCAGAUACACUGAUGAUUACAGACAGGAAUCUAAUCUGAAAUCUAAAUGUGCUGAGCUUUCAAAUUCUCAGUGUCAUGCACGUAGACUAUUUGCAUUUCAAGCCUCCUCGGAGUUUUAAGUGCACAUUUGAUUAGAACAAAUUGCCAAAGUAAACAACACACUGUUAUUACCUGUGGGAGCCUGUGGGGCCUAUGCAUAGUGAGGAUAUUAGACACAUGAUAACUAGUGAAAACAGACUGUACAGCAUCUGUAGUCUUCUGUUGUAAGCCAUAGUAGAGGUAGGAUAAGAGCCUCUUCUAGAUAAACAAUAUACAUCUUAUAUUAUCUGCACAAGUGUCAUCAGUGUAUGGUGUUUUAACUAUACGUCAGUGUUCUCUGUUUUCUGUUUGUAUGUUCUGCAUGAUUGUGUCCUUUUUUUAAGCUACCAGCUCUGACAAAUUUUGCCAUCAUAUUUUCAGCUUGACACACCUCAUUGUCUUUUUCUGAUUUGACACUGUGCCAUCUUUUAAUCGAGUUCCACAUUGAAGGAAGAAUUGUGCUCGCCUGUUUUGUUUGUAGGAAUUCAUUUUGUUCUCGUGUUAAAAGCAGAUAUUGCCACAAGCAUCAAUGUAUGGUGUAACUGUAAAUCAGUGUUCUCAUUUUGUGUUUUUGUCAUGGUUUAGAUGUUGGAAAUCUCAUUUGUAGGAGGUUAUCAUCUUUGUUUUUUAUUUUGCUUUUUCAUAAUGUGCCAUAUUUUUGCUAAAUAUUUUAUUGUUGAAGAAUGUCUCUCACUACAUAAUUAAAACAUAGUCAAGUGUAUGAUUUAUGGCUCUCAGAUAUCUAAUGAGUGUUUUGGGUUUGUUUAGUUUUUUUUGUCUUUUGGAAUAAAAAUCACCUGUUUUACCAGCGUGAAACAGGUAUGUUCAUCUUGGUACCUAACAUGUUGUUCCAAACAUGGUUGCUUCUUCUCUUCUGUGAAGCUGUUGUCUAUAUAAAACUGUAAACUGUAUUCUUCUGUAAAGUGAUGUUCUGCGCUGUUCUGACACUGUCCAGUGUUUCUUGUUAAAGACUUGUUCUUUGGACCAACAUUUGCUUCCUUAACAAGCGUACUGGAUGCUUAAGAUGUCUACCUUGCACUGUUGAAUAAAACAGUUUAAAAUGCUCA